GGGAGAGAAGUCUUGUAGCAGCUCUUCUCACCCUAAAAGCUAAAUGGCUUGUGAUGAACAAUGUUGUGUUAAUGUUUUCCCCGAUCGAUGAAAAGACACCUUACGAGUAGGGAAAGAAUCGUACGAUCAUAAGGUUCAGUCGGUAGCCGCGCGACUGAUAGUUCAUAAAUUUCUUAGACGUUCCCCGGCAUGGACCAAGCCUGAAAGAGUAUUAAUGGAUUUUAUUGUGAGCUUUACGUCAAGCUUCGAUCAGUUAAAGAUUUAAUUUUACACGGAAAUUGAAAAAGUCGUCCUUAAAACAGUCAAUCACUAUAGAGAAGGAAUAUAGACCUCUUUUAAACUCGUGUUGUCAGCGUGUGCCGAGGUGGCACUGGUCGGUUAUAAAUUAAGCCGUGUGGCUCUGGGGACGAGAAUGGUUCAGUGGGUAGAGGCGUUAUCUUUGAGUUCUAACUGAUUCGGAGGGUCCGGGUUCGAAUUCCCGAACAAGUUUUCGUAACGUUAUUUUUCUUGUCUUUUUUUAAAAUCUCUUUUUUACUCUCUUUUUUACCUGUGUGGUGCAUAUAGCUAGUAACAUAAUGUUUACAUUGAAAGCAAAGUUUACAGGAAUAUAAAAAAUGCGGUAUGUAUCAGCGUAUCUACCGGUAUUAUUAGUAAUACUGGACAAUGUUAUCAUUACCCAGCUCAAUCGUCGAUUCACAUGUGCCUAAUUUAAUUCGAGAGGUAACUGCAGCUUUGAGAUAGGACGUCUGAAUCAACUACAUUCCACAGUUUCAAAUUACGACUUUGUCGAAUCUGCGACUGAAACAGUCGAAAAUUCGACUUAGGUUCAACAUUUGAUUUAAAAGUGGCAUUUCACAUGAGCCGAAUAUAAUGCAUUAAUUAUAGAAACCCUUAUCCACAUUGGAUGAAAAAAAAAUUUUUCUAGAGACUGGUAAUAUUUACAACAAACGGAGUUAAAUUCGGCAGCAUCAUAUCCGACGUCUGAAUCAACUGCCCUAUUCAAUUACUUUCAUCAACUAAAAUAGGUGUUCGGCUCACAUAAGAAAUUCCACGUUUGAAAGGGGCCUAACAUGACAUAAGUUUCAGCUUAGUGGUUCGCAGGCAGUUAUUAAGUUGUCGAUUUCUUUUCAGUAAUAGCAAUUCGUAUCUCUCUUUAUAAAUCCAUUUUAUUAAUCGGCUUGUGCCGCGACUGAAGAAUCAGCAUUAAUAGUUGAUUUUACUUUCUCUUUGACAUGAUUUGUAUGUCACUGGACAUGAUCUGUAUAUCAAAAAGAGAGAUCAAUUUUCAUCCAUCCAUUUCAAUAAAAGCAACCUCGAACCGUAACUUCGUCUUAUAAAUAUGCGGCACCGAAGAAAGACGAAAAAGGUAAUCCUUUUUGAUCAAAAUAUUUUAAGGUUUAAACUGGAAGCUUUAUAUACUAUGAAAAAUUAUAGUUUACUUUUACCGGUAUCGUUUGUAAUUUAAAAAAAAGUCAUCAUCAUCAUCAUAAUAAAGCCGCGUAAUGUUGACGCAUACUCUUUUGAGCGCGCGUUUGUUUUCGUCAGUCCCGUAAGAUGUUAGGGUUUGCGAAACACGUAUUUUUAGUUUGAAAAAUAGUUUUUUUCUCCUGCAGGUAUUACGCUGCAGUAAGUCACUCAGGCUACCUUACUCUUACAACUCCGUAUCUGGAUAUGGGAGGAGCUGGGGAAGUUAUUACCGCUGCUCGUUCUUUGUAUCGCGGAGAGUCUAGUGAUAAUGUUCUUGGAGUAAUGGGAGCUGAUUUUCCUUUGAGACACUUUUACAGGUCCGAUGGUAUAAGUUUGGAAUACUUUGUUUUAAAACUUUGAUAUGUAUUGCAAUUUGUUUACGUCAGUGAUGAAAUCCCACAAAUAUUUCCAGCGGUCUUGCCCAAGCGACUAUACAACACACAUACACCAUGCAUUCAUUAUCAUCUUCGAGACAAGACACACAGGUUUAAUCAUGGCCACAUUAAACGUUCUCGUCAAACUCCUUCCCUCCUCACCCUUUCUCCUUUCCCCUUGUUUCUUCAUUGGCGUUCACCACUUUCUUUCUGCCUCCUGUUCUUAUUUCCAUCUUCUCAAUUUCUUGGGCGAUGCUCGCGGUAAGUAUCUCGUUUUGCAACCUAGAUUUUAUGGGUUGCAACGUGUUCGACAUUCGGUCCGGUCACAUAUAUUUUCAAGGUCAGUAUUCUCUGUACUUUUUCCCUUUUGUUUGCAGUAUUUUCUUACUUAUAUUCUUUGCUUUGGUCGUUUUUGUUUUCAGUGCUUUCCUUGUUAUUAUUUUCCUGCAACCGCUCCCGGGAUUUCAGUCUUACAAGGGGGUCUAAUUCCCUGUCGGAUUACCGGCGCGUAAGACUGCUAUCCCUCGAGCCGCGUCGUUUCCGUUACUGUCCUCACUGUACCACUCACUUUAUCUGUCAGGUUGCAAUUCCCUAGCUUAAGCAUUUCCUUCUGAUCAGUUCUUGUUCAGUUCUCGCACUAUGUCUGCGUUUUCAUGUUUCCGCAUGCGGGGUUUUCAGUUUUUUCGUUUAUAUGCCUAUUUUGUCCUAUGCUGUUUAGUCUUCGGGGUUCCUAGUUUUAUUCAUGUACAGUCACUGCAUGAAUUUGAUUUACUAACAUGCUGCUAUUCCCGUUGGGUUUUUUAAGGUACGUGUUAUAAAAAGGAUACUAUUUGCAGCGGUCUUGCUCAAGCAACUAUAUAAGACAUAUACACCAUGCACUCAUUAUCAUCUUCGAGACAAGACGCACAGGUUGUUGUUAUGGCCAUGCACCUCGCCUUGUCCGCUCUCCACUUCAUGGCACUUCUUUCGGAUGGUUUGUUUUUCUCUCUUCCCUCCCCAUCCUAGCCCAUAGUAUCCCGGGCCUGUAUCCUUCAUCCGCAAGAGGCCGCCAGAUUUCUCCAUCACUUAGCAUAGGAGCGCGGGCAAGAUUGAUGAAAAUAGGAUACUAUACUUUUGCUGAACUUUGUUCAUAUAACAAUAGGUUUUUAUCAUACAUUCAAAAUUUUUCUCCCUUUCUGAUGGGUUCAAAUCCCCCUACUGAUUCUUCAAAACCAGCUAGCGUUGAUCAGUUUUGAAAGAUUUUUGCCGAUAUCAAAGAAACUGACGUCAAUUGUACUGAUAUGAACAGAAAAGGGGUCAGCAAAGGGGGCGGUGGCUCAGCUGUUUUGACAGUGCUGGAGGAAAUCGUGGAACUCACGUGAAGCGAAGAUGAAGAAAAGAGGCGUCUCGCCGGUACCCAUUUACAGCUAUUUCGAGAAAGGUUGUCGGAAAAAAUGCACUCGACAAUUCCGAAAGGUAUUGUGGGUGGUUUUGAGUGCUCUGCUCUUCAAAUAAAUUUGAAAAAAUGGCACGGGAGGCCACGGACAUAUGUUUGCGAGUGCUAAAGGAAAGCAACAAAAGUAUGUUCGACAGCUCCAGUCGUCAGGAACAGUGUAUUGAUCAUAUCCCAUAUUACCUUUCGGGAUUUUUCGCGUGCACAUUUUUUCCGACAACCUUUCUCGAAAUAACUGUAUACAUAUGGAUAAAUUGAGGCACGGUCAGAGUAAAACUGUUUCCCAAGAAGAAAGCAACGUAAUGAUCCAGGGCAGGGCUCAAAAUCCGCAUGUCAUAAUCUGCAUUUGGAGUCCAUGGAAUGAACAAUAAAGCCACUGCGCCUCUCGUUCAUUAAGUGCGUUUUAAUUACAUAUUUCAGGUUACUUACAACAGUUUAUCCCAAGUGUGCAGAAUCACAGCAGUACUCAUGUUUCAUUAUGGAUCACUCUGGCUUCCUCGUAAUGCACCCGGAUUUCAUGUUGCCCUCAGCUGAAGCUAUCGAUGUAGAGCACGUUCAUAUCACCCAAAAGGAAAAGAGCAUCGCAAUUGAUUUAAUUAGUGAUGGCUACUUAGUAAAGAGGACGUGUCGAAAUGUGGAAAGUAUAAGAAAGCAGAGCUUUUAUGAACUUCAUUUGCCUCCGGAGGGAUCCAGUACAUUACAGUCAAGCCAGGGCUGCAAAUAUGAGCUUAGUCAAAUACCUGGAACAAACGUCUACUUAGGUUAGACAACUGAUAUGUUCUUAGUAAUACACAAUCCUUUGGGCCAAUUGUUUGCUAUAGGAAUGUAGCACCUAUCUGUAAAAGAAACGGGGAGAGGGAGGGGUAAUAUUUCACACAAGUGAGUCAAUUAAGUAUUCAGGGCUCGUGUAAAGCUCGAGCAGCUUUUUAUCUAAAAUAUAGCAAAGAUGUCUCAUGCAUAAAUUACUUUAACUCCUCCAACUCAAAGUUAGGGAUACUUUAACAAACUUAAAAGAAAAAUUUCAGGAAAAAAGUUAUUACAGUUGUACAAAGGUAAGAUAAAAAAAUGUCAAGCGAAGUUUUCAAAAUGGCUUUCAUUUCUCUCAUUAUACGAGAAAACGUGCAUGGAUACGCUACAACAGAAUAGACGUUUAAGCACACUUGGUCAUCAUUUUUCAUUAACGAAAAAGUGACCUUCGGAUCUCAAAAAGGUUGCUAAAACAUUAUAACAUUAGAUAGCGUAGAUACUUAACUGCACAGUUGAUAAAGGGCUCCCCUUAUUCCCCCAAAAGAUGGUUGAUUACAACGGAAUAGUUUUAAACGGGUUCAUUUUGUUGGUCCAUCUUAUUUCAAAAUAGUUCUGGAUGCAAGUCAUAUUUAUGUCCUUUUAAAAACCUUGUAGAGCUAUUCUGGAUUAGACCUUGAUGAUUUAAAACUUUCAGGCACUUUCAAAAGGAUCGAUUAACAUCUAAACAUGGUAGAUAUUUCAACCGGCCUUGACACGGCUUUGUCAUGCAUGGUACGGAGAUUUGCACUUUUUGUCAAAGCUGAGCUGAAAUUAUAUCUUUAAGUAUUCUUGUUCAUCUUUUCUCAUACAUUAAAUCUUCAAAGACGGAUAUCAAACGAUUGUAUCAAACCAAUGAUCCGUUUCCAUCUUGGCCGUUGAAAGAUAAAGAUAUGCACUUAUUUAGUUGAAGUAUGAGUGGCAGAGUGAUUCAACCAUUGAACUAUUAUUUCAGAAUUUUGUUUGAUUCUAAGGUGCCUUCAGGGUUUUUAAGUAACUAAAAAAUCGUGAUAUAGUUCCCUUUAUAUGUAAAGUAAGGUCAACUUGGCUUUCUUCUCUGCACAGGUGUUGUCGCGCUAGAUUCCCUCUGUGUUCCAUCGUCCUGCUCGUGCUCUUCAGAUAACGAAUGCUCCAGAUUGGCUGGUUUGACGUGUGAAUGUCCCUGUGCCUCCGCUCUGGAAUUUUUUUAUUGUCGAAGUCAGUUUCCAAACAGCAGGUUAGUCAACAUAAUUCAAAGUCAUUUUAUAUUUAGUGAGGAUGAACACCGAUUGGCCAAAAUGCAGCUUUAAAAGCAAUUUUCAAUAACAUGAGACUUGGAGUCAAAAAAUUAACCAACGGUUGUAAUCUUUGCUUUCUUCAAUCAAAAUUACGACGAAGUGAAACAAUCAAAAUGGAACGAAAUUCACCAACCAGACCUAGUAAGGCCAUGAACUGAAAACCGGAUGUUUUCUGAAAGUUCUUCUUUCAUUGGUUAUUCAGACGAAAAAAGUAAAUGUUGGUUAAUUUUUUUUGCUUUAGUUGUCGCAUAUCAUUAUCAUGAACAUCAUCAUUUAAAUCGCUGUUUGUAAAAGGAACCAACAUAUCUUUACAAUAUGAAACCUUCAUCGAACCAAUAGCCUACUGGUAAAAUAUAAUACAUCACCACCGACAUUAACAGUUAAAAGUUUUCACGUUGUAGGGGCUAUGUCACCCUAUGAAUUUAGCUAUCUUUUUGAAAAGUUAAAAAAUGUUUUCUCUUCAAUUGAAUUCUACAAAUAAUGGUCCAGUUUUGUUAUUUAAGACUAUAUUUAGGCAUUAAAACAGUUUCCUGUUGUCAGUUGCUCGGAUGGCAAGGAUGGACAGGGAUUGAAACUUGAAAAAGUUGGGCCAAACUUUUGAAGACCAAAUGCCUUACGUGUAAAAAUCACUAAAAAAUAUUAUGGCUAGUGCUCCCUGAUGAUCUUUCAGUUUGAUAUCUUCUUCAACUACAGGAGCAUUUUAUGUAUGGGUAAAAGUAGACUACGAGUAGUCCCUCAUUUUUACUCAAGGAUAGUAGAGCGAGCGAAACGCGAGCGCGCGUGAAAAUCUCCCCACGCAAGAAAAGGCGACACGCGGCGGGAAGAGAGAAAAAUGAGGGACUACAGAAAAAAGCCCCAGCUUUUGAACUAAUGCGUUGCUCUCACAACGCAAAACUCUGAUUGGCUCGUCCAUGGAAAUCUGUUAACAUCUGUCAAAAACGCGCCAGCCGCUAUCAACACUCGACAUAAUCACGAUUUAUAGAACAAAUAACUAGAGCAGAACAAAUUACAGCACAGAACAAAUAACUAGGGUUGCUCUUGCAGAAGCAACUAAGCAGAAAACCAACAACUGAUGGGGUUCGCGUGGAGAACCGAAACCAUGGUCUUGCCUGAUCACAAAGUGGAAAUAGCAGAACAGUCGCAAGGCUGUUAAGUUAAUUCAAAAGUUAUCACCAAGGGAGGAACUACGUGCUCCAGUCCAAAGACUCACAUUUAAUAUCUCCAGAAAAACAAACGGCAGUUAAAAUUCAUGAGCAGUCAUGACAGAGUCUCAUCGCAGUUCUCCAUAGUUAAUGUCGUUUUAGUUUAAGCUGCAAUCCAUUCUUCGAGAUUUGGAUAUCACUAUCCGUCCUGCUAAAAACGCUAACGAGCUGGUCCCAGCGUGACAAAACAUUGCAGGAAACCGUCACAUUCACGGCCAAAAAGAUAAUCGCUUAAAAUUAUUCAGAUCCAGGAGGCAAUUGCUGGAGAAAUUAAACAACCCAAAACCCUUAUUUAGCCGCAAUGAAGAGCUUUACUUUUCAAAAGAGGUCAAAAAGGAAAUGCUCUUGAAUCAGAGGGCAAAUCAUGCCAACCAUAAACAAUAACCGCAGAAAAUUAAUAUGCGUGUCACGACCUCUCAGUGUGAAAUAAGCGGCAAAAAUCACAUUUGCUCAGUCAAAACGUUUUCCUCCAGAGCAUAAUCUACCCGUCAGAGAAAAAAAAUUCAUUGGAACAAGCAGCAUUUUGGCAUGAGUAAAAGUCGUGUGUUGCCUACACUAUCAAGUUCUUCACACGAGAUCGAAAAUUAGUAUCUGGGUUUUCUUUUGCUUGCAAUAAAUAUCCCACCGCAGUUUACCGAUGACAAGAGCAAUGACAGCUCAAUAAGGGAAGGAAUCCCAUUGGAUGCGCUUAAUUGAUUUGGAAGGGGAUACGGACUUCACACUCCAAAAUCAGUCGGCCGUGAAGGGUCAAAAGCUUGGGCUUUUUCUGUAGUCCCUCAUUUUUCUCUCAUCCCGCCGCGUGUCGUCUUUUCUCGCGUGGGGUGAUUUUCACGCGCGCUCGCGUUUCGCUCGCUCUACUAUCCUUGAGGAAAAAUGGGGGACUACUCGUAGUCUAGGGUAAAAGCACUAGUAAUAACUUCAGCACCGAAUUGAUCUUAAACAGCAAUAUAGCAACAUAGCAACAUAGUGUCUGACAUUAUUUGCUCUUAUAAAUAGCUAAUAGGAGCAGUUUUUUCCGAAAGUAUGCAAAUUCCUUAUAAAAAGCCCUUUGCAUGAAUUGACCACGUGAUCAACUUCCGGUAAACAAGAAAACAGUUCAUAAUUGAAAAAUUUUGUCAGCACAGGAUGAAAGAGCAUAUUAAAAUUAGGUAACUUGAGCAUUUUCAGCCGUAUAUCUCAAAAGUAGCGAUGGCAACGGCCGCCGAAAGUUAGAAGCAUUUGUAUGAGAAUAACAACUUUUGCCACCCAGUCACGCUUGCAUGGUUGACCUUACAAAUUCUUGGAAAAUUCGAAAUUUUCAAAACUGUCAUGAAAUAUUUCCUUAAGCAUUACGGGGCUCAAAUCUCGUUUAAAUUCAUAACGGGCAAUCUGAGCCAUUAAAUACGUAAGCGAAAGAUUUAAGGACAGUUUAGAAAUUUUAGAAAUUACAAGGAUUUGUUUGGAAAACCACUCAAACGUGACUGGGUGGCAAGAGUUGUUUUCCUCACACAAAUCUGUAGUGUCGGGUCACAAGGGACUUAAUGUACGAUAAUUAGAUGCGGAAUGAGCGUUAACAUUCGAAGCAAAAAGGGACUUGAUUUGCAUACAGGACAGUGUAGAACGGACUAGUAGGAGGACUAUUAAAGGAACUAAGGACGUAUAAUGUAACCGUUUAUUUGAGCUCGAUUCGCGACUUCACAAAAUCCUUCUAAUUUUCGGCGGCCGUUUGCAAUUGCUACUUUUGAGAUAUAUCGCUGAAAAUUUACCUAAUUCUAAUAUGCUCUUUCAGCUUGUACUACUAAAAUUGUUCAAAAGCUAACCGUUUUCGUGUUUAUCGAAAGUUGAUCACGUGAUCAACUCAUUCAAAGGGCCUAUUAGCGGCAACAGACAAUAAGAAUUUCACUUAGGAAGGAACAGAAGAGGCUGUCAAAAUGCAGCGAACUCACAAGAUUUAAGGUUAAUUACGCAGUAACAGUUGAUGAUUUUUACUUAUGAAAAAGGCUAGAAUACCUCAUCCUGGGGUGGAUUUAUUAUGUGGCAUACAUCUAGAGUUUUGUAACUCAAGAUUAGAGUACCUCAUACUCGGGUCAUAUAAGUUCUGUAGAGUUUCGGAAUAAGGCUAGAAUGUCUCAUACUCAGAUAGAUAUAACCACAGGGCACCCAGAAUCACAACAGCCGUACUGGAAGCCAAAUUAUAAGGAUUUGUAUGGAAAUUUAUCUUAAGAUCGAUAAAAUGCUUAAAAUGUACAAAAACAGCUAUUAAAGUGUACAUACCUCAUGAAAAGUUGUGUCUUUGUUGUUCUGUUACUGUUUCCUGUCCUAUAAACGCUAUUUUAGCAAGUUUUAAUGUAAACUCGACUGUACUACGCUGCUCGGCAAAACUCAACGCGUGUCCAUCCCUGCUGAGGGGGAUUUUGAACAAGUGACGUUGCUACUAAAGCCAAGAGCAACGUCAGAGCAACGCCAUUGGUAGGUCACUUUGCAGAAGAACGAUUGUACCGACGCGGUAAGUUCAAAUUUUUUAGCGACAUUUCUCGUCCUCUUGAGGCCAUGGCUCGAUGUUUUGAACCGCAAAUUGACAUUUUCAAGGAAGGAGAAUCUUCGUUUUGUACUCAAGCGAGGUCUGGGAGCGAUUGCAGUGGAAUGAAAGUAAUUUUUGUAGCUUUUUUUUUCGGGCAGCGUAGUACAGUCGAGUUUUCCCUCGUCUUCUUCUUAAUAGUUGAAAAACCAAAACAUUAAAACUUGCUAAAGUGGCGUUUAUACGUAGGGCAGGAAACAGUAAGAAAACAACAAAGACACUUUUUCAUGCGGUAUGUAUACUUUAAUAGCUGUUUUUGUACAUUUUAACCAUUUUAUCGAUCUUAAGAUAAAUUUCCACACAAAUCCCUAUAAUUUGGCUUCCAGUACCGCUGCUGUGAUUCUGGGCGCCCUGUGAUAUAACUUGAGGUAUCUACAGUUGAAUCAUCCGCUCACCUUUUGUGAGAAACUAAUUGACUGAUUUCUUUCCUUUACUUUGUUUUGUAUAGCCUUCCUUUAUGCCCAACAUUUGCACCUUCAGGACAACCUAACAAUAACCCUUCAAAUUCGAAAACGAUUUGUCUUAACAAAUGCUUUGAUCCCCACUGUGAGAGGAGAAACAGUUCCCAUUGGUGUGAUGGGAUAGUUAGUUGUUAUUGGUGCCAGAAGGACGAGAACGGCAGAAAACUGGAAAAACCCUACUGCGCAAGCUCCGAACGCUGCUUCAGAGGAAAAGAGUCUGCAACCUAUGAACGUAAGAGCACUUUGUUUUUUUAAUUUCAUUUGUCAUUCCAAAGUACAACAAUUAAAAUUAUUAUCACAAAGCAUACAUGCACAAACGGACAACACACCUAAGCACACGUGCAAUUCCACAAUCACCACACAAGGUAUGCCUACUGUUAUUUUACAAGUGCUAUUCAAAAAAGAAGAAACUAAUCAUUUUUGUAAAAGAAAAAAACUAACUAGAUUACAAAGUCCAUUUGUCCAUUAAUUUUUGAACGUAAGAGCACUUGCUUAAUAGAUCUUUCUUCCAUUUGAUUUUUCAUAUCCUUACCUAAUUAGGUCUUUGCAAAAAGAUCUUGCAUAAAUCUAAACUUGCAAACAUUGACCAAAUUUAGCGAUGAAUUGACUGGUAUUUUUUACCAUACUAUGUCAUACUACAUGUCAGCGACCGCCUAGUAGACCCUCUUCUUGAUUCUUUUCUUCGCUUUGGGUGCCGCAAGGGAGCCUUCUUUAAUAUCUUUGUGAAUGAUGUCAAUUACUCAGGUGGAUCUUCCUCCCUACGUCUGUAUGCUAAUGACACAACCCAAUAUAUAGCCCCUGAGAGCCCCUGCACACUUGAAUCUACACUGAAUCAAGACAUAGAGAGAGAUUAAGCCCGUGGUUCACUGCGAAUUGCCUGCAAGUAAACGCUACUAAAACUCAGGCAAUGGCAUUGCGGAAAUCUCAUUACCCAUACAACCUGUAUGGGUACUGAGAUGGUGACAAGUUCAUCGAAAUUGAACCAACUCUCAAGAUUCUUGGCGUUACAUUGGAUUGGGAUUUGUCUUUCAAGCCCCACGUUGCAAUCAUGCUAAAAAAAAGCGUAUGCUAAGGUAGCCGCACUACGGAGGAUAAGCGUUUAGUUCCUUCGGACGUUAUGAUUUCUCUUUAUAAAGCCUACGUGUUACCGCAGUUAGAAUACUUUUGCCCACUACUUCUGGGCAUAUUUAAAGCCUUGAAAAAUAACAUCGAACGUACUAAUCAUUAUGCGAUCAAAACAUUACUGAAUUUAGGUAAUUCGGCUACCUGUGACUUUUGCCUAGCAAUGGCUGCUAUGGACACGCUUGAGCAAAGACGUACCUUGCAAUCGCUGAUUCUAUUUUUUAAAUGUUUUAAACUAGAUGGCAUAAAUUAUAUCUCCCCAUUUUUUACACCUCGGUUAACUAACUAAAAUUUACGAGGCAGUGGCUUAAACGUUGUGCAGCCUCCAUAUAACAGCCAUGUCAUGCCCAACUCCUAUGUGUACAUGAUUGCCCACAUGUGGAAUUAGUUACCAACUGUAACCAAAUCCCCGACCACUUUUAGCACAAUUUCGUCCUCGCCUGAAUAAUGUUAAUUUCACAGGGUGACAAUGUAUGAACUGUUUAUAAUAUUAUCUAUUUUUAAAUUUUUACAUACUCUUGGGCUAGUUUAUAUAUAUAUAUAUAUAUAUAUAUAUAAAUACAAAUCAGUUUAUAAAUAGAGGAUAUUACAUGGCCGCGCGGAGAUAUGAAAUUUCUCUUCGAGUCUUGAAAUAUUUUUUCAACACGUUUGUGGAGCGUUUUUAACAUGAGCCUCUGGCUCGGAAGAUUGUGCAAACACUUCCUACGUCUUCGACAUUAAAUAAAUUAUUCUACUCUAUUCUAAAAGUUUGGAAGAUUUACAAAACUCCCUAUGUUCCCUAUAGGAAAGAUUCACUAACGUUCAUAAAGUGCAUUUAUAUAUCUGUCUGGAUUUAUAAAAAGAUACCUGCAGAAAUUGAAGUGCGUUUUAACAAUUUUACCCUUGAGGUGAAUAAAAAGCGGUUGAAUGUCGCUAGGUAGGGCUUAAAAAGGACAAAUUAAUCGCUGGCAACACACGAAAAAUCGCUCUUGGCAAAAGCGACAGAAAUGAAAUGAAAUGAACAACAUCUAAAAGCACAGAAAUUAUAACCUUUCAGUCUCUCAAACUACGAGGCUCAUUGCGAGAUGCCCGACUAAAACACACCUAGAAUCCACCUUCCUUGAACCCAGAGUCGGUUGUCUAAGACAAAAUCACUUCUGACUAAACACUCACGAAGCGUUUUUAUGUUUGUACAAAAUAUUCUUAAUUGUAACACGAGCACCACGACAUACUUGAAUUCUGCCUACAACUUCAGGAAAUCACACAAUUAACCAGUUUCCCGGCACUGAUAAAACUAUCCACAACCAACCAGGAACAAUGUUUCCACACUUGAUACGGGCGAAAUAUCAGUAAAUUACUCUCUGUCAACAACUCUCGCUUUCCGACAUAAAUCGUCACAUGUAAACUUUCUUGACUCAGUCAAUUUAAUCAAGACCCAGGAUGUUGGUGAGCCGUAGUGAAAGGGACACAUAGAGGCCGGCCUUCAAAACAACUUUUAACUAAGUCUUUGGCCUGGUCAGUAAUCUGCAUCAAUUUGCUCUCGCCGAAUAAAUGUGACUCCUACAAACUACUUUUUCACCGCCCACAUCAAAGCUCGCAAUAUGAUGCCUUUCCGUCUCAAGCCCGAGAUCCUUGUUUCACCCGUUUAGCCAAAAUGAGACGAAAUACGGUAACGUAUUGGCACGAGGCAGACAUUGCCAAUCGUGAGACUUGUUCCUUCCUAAGGCUUAAUGAUGCCUUCCGGAAAACGUUCCUGCAGGCGGCCAAAAAGAAAUCUAGAAAAUUAAGCGACCACGGGAAACAACUCCGACCGCGAGCGCUGAUUUCAAAUCUAAUAGUGUUUUAUGACAGGGAGAGAAUUAUGGGAUGGGGGAGGGGGGAGGAGGGGGGAGUGGGGGAGUGAGAAAGAUGUAAACAGCAUUAGACAGACUUCUUUUUUUGUCUACUGCAGCUUGUUAGGGGUUUUUUGUACUAAAAGCAUCAUAAGAAAAAACAAAACAGAUUGGUCACGUACUGAAGAAGCCUCAAAUAAGACGGUUGCUAAAAACCUUUGAGGUACCUUUUUGCAAAUCCAGACAGAUAUACUGGAUUUGCAAAAACAUGGCUGUAGAGAUCUCUCUUAUAUACCUUCUGACUGAGUCUUGUAGUAGAGCAUGUUUUUUUUUUCAUGUCAUAGUUUCUUUUUAUUAUUUAAUCGAAACCGAAUAGGCUGCAGUAGAUAGACUUUGAUGAGUUUCUCACUGGCUAUUAAUAUACCACCCCCCCAAAAGAAGUUCCUCAUAACUUCGCAUAAUUCUCUCGGUAUGUCAGUUUGAAAUCAGCGCGUGUAUUAGACUGAACUCGGCUCUCAUAGUGGGUUGUCUUAGAGUUUUUUUGGCUGCCUUGAGCAAAGGUUUCCGGAUGGCAUCAUUAAGCAUUAUGAAGGAACAAUCCUCACGACUGGCAAAGUCUGCUGUGUCCAAUAUCUUCUCGUAUUUCGUCUCAUUUUGGGCUACACGGGUGAAAGACUGAUCCAGGGCCUGACAUGGAAAGAUUGGAUAUUGCGAGCUUUGUUGUUGGCAGUAACAAGUCUUUGGCGUCACAAAGUAGGUUCUAGCGAUGAGAUCUACUCGGCGAGAUGGAAAUUGACGCUGAUUUCUGACCAGGCCAAAGACAAGAAAAGUUCCAUGUGACGAUUCAUGUGAAGAAAGCGAGAGUUUUACGGACUAAUUUGACUAUAUUUCGCCCCUGUUAAGUGAGCAAGUAUUAUGUGAUUGCCGCGAAAGUCAUUUACUGUGUGAUUUACCGAAUGUGUUGACAGACAAAUCUCAGGUAUGCGCGGUUGAGCGCGGUGUUACCAGUCAGAAUACUUUGUGCCAAGCAUAAAAACACUUCGUGAGUGUUUAGUUUAGUGUUCAGUUCAGUGUUUAGUUCUAUUCUGUGCUCAAAGAUUGUGGAUUCUUAAUCUGUUUUCGGCCGACAUUGAGCUAUGGGCCUCACGGUUUGACUGACUAAAAGAUUACACGUUUCAAAUGUUGUUUAUAUCAUCGAAAAAUCCUGUUACUUCUGCGAGAGAACUUCACCGUCUAUUGCCAGCAAUAAUGCUGUCAUUGUUUAGCCUCAGCUAGUGACUUUUAACGCUUUCCAUUCCACUUAGAUAUCAAAUUGUUAAAAUGCUCUUGAAUUUUUUUAGCCACGUUUUAGCAAAUCUAGUCAGUUAUAUAAGCUAAUGCAUUAAUGCACCCAAGCGUUAGUAAGUUGAAUGAAAAAGAGUGCUACUUCAAACUUCUCGUCUUGCUGUUUUUUAUUGGGUACAUUAGUUUUGCCCUUCGGGCUUCUUUAGUGCACAGUGUAAAUUUAGUCCAAAAUAUCACUUCAGUCUACCCAAUAAAAAGCGAGGCAUGUGAGGAGUAGACUUCUUUUUCAUUCAACUUAAGAAGCUAGCCUUAGUGAUACAUUGGCUUAUUUACGUCUUCAGCUGAUAAAGCAAAAUGCGUCAAAAGUACGGUAGUAACUCCUACGAAGAAUAAUAGUGGAUUGUCAGCUGUUGCUACUGCUGGAAUUGCCCUUGGAUGUGCCAUUCCUAUUAUAGCACUGGUGAUCAUCUUACUAAUUUUGGUAAGCCAAGUUUUUGAUUCCAUCAUAUUCUUAAAGACAGGGUUGAUGAUAGUUACCUUUAAAUUCUGAGACGAGGACGACUACGAGGAGGAGAUUUUCUCAAUACUCGCACGCGUGUGAAACAUCAUCAGUUUGGCGGGCAAACGUAAUAGGUUUAAUUAUAAAUUGUUUUUAAUUAGUUUUUUGGGUGAAAAUGAAUAUUUCAAAAGGCUGAAUGACUCGCAAAUGUACGUAAAAUUUCAGGAGUUGAAAGUAGACGUUUGUACCUUCACGUUAAUAUUUAUUAGUUAUUACAAAUAAUUUUCAUUUGACACUAUUAUUGCUAUUUUUCUUAACUGAAUAGCUUACAAGACGCUAUAGGCAAACUGUGGAUCCACCUGUGGAGAAAGACAACAGUAUAUCCAUGCAACCGAUUGAAUCAAGUCCAAAAAUUUCUCAUGCCCCUGAUGUCCUGCCUUUGUCCUCUUCUAACCACGCUUACGAAGAUAUAGAACUACCACAAGGAGGCCCGACUGCCACGAGUCAGUUGCAACGUCAGAAUGCUGUUGAUAUGCCCGCCACCCAGCAACCAUCUCAUCAACCUCGUGAACCAGCUGUUCUCGAGAAACAACGAAAGAUGAGCACUCAGGGUGCCUCGUCAGGACGACCUGCACCAGCUACGAGAAGGCCUUCCGAUGUGAUACCUUCUCGAGUGAGAAGUUUAACUGACACCAGUGAGCCACCACCUGUUCCCAGCACAAGAAGGCCAUCCCAGUGUGAUACCACCGUGCCAAACACGCAUCGGUUCCGAAGUCUAUCCGAAGACAGUCCAAUGCAAGUCACGGGCUUCACCAAUAAACGACCACUGGUUUUUGGCUCAGGAAGAGAUGAUCCACCAGCUCUUGUUCCUCGAGUAAGGCGGCCUUCAAAUGGCAGUUUGUCAGAAAACAGGUCUGAUUUCCCCUCCAUGAUUCCUAUUUCUGGCCAAGAAAAAGCUUUAUACAGCAAUAUAACACCUAUUUCUGAAACAAGUGAGGACUUUACAGCAGAACAUAAUGAGGAUGACACCGACGCUGAUGGGUACAUCAAAUGA